AUGGAGUAUAUGACAGUUCUAGAAAGGACAAUCAUUUUUUUUGUGUGUUUAUUUUAUUUGCAUAGAAUCCCUUUGAUUCGAUUCAAAUCUAUCAAGAAACAGCUGAAGGAAAAGGGAGAAUUAGAGGAAUUUUGGAGGAAUCACCACCCUGAUGUUUUUGCCCGGAGGUAUCUGCAUUGUUUCCCUGCAGAUAUUGCUUUAUCAGUAGGAACUGCUUCAGAAAGGCUGUAUGAUUACAUGAAUGCUCAGUACUACGGGGUGGUGAGCGUGGGGACACCGCCACAGAGCUUCACCGUCGUCUUCGACACCGGCUCCUCCAACUUCUGGGUCCCGUCCGCCUACUGCAUCAGCGAGGCCUGCCGGGUACACCAGAAAUUUAAGUCCUUCAAGUCAGAUUCAUAUGAGCAUGGAGGGGAAGCCUUCUCCCUGCAAUACGGCUCAGGACAGCUUCUGGGCAUUGCUGGCAGAGACACACUGCAGAUAAGUAACAUCUCCAUCAAGGGACAGGACUUUGGCGAGUCAGUGUUUGAGCCAGGAACAACUUUUGUCCUAGCCCACUUUGAUGGUGUUCUGGGCUUAGGCUACCCCUCCUUAGCAGUGGGCAACGCUCUGCCUGUGUUUGACAGCAUCAUGAACCAGCAGCUGGUAGAGGAGCCAGUCUUCUCUUUCUAUCUGAAAAGAGGAGAUGACACAGAGAACGGCGGUGAGUUGAUUCUGGGGGGAAUAGACCAUUCUCUCUACAAAGGUUCAAUCCACUGGGUCCCAGUCACUGAGAAAAGCUACUGGCAAAUACACAUGAACAAUAUAAAGAUCCAGGGCCGGGUGGCAUUUUGCUCCCACGGCUGCGAGGCCAUCGUUGACUCGGGCACUUCUCUUAUCACCGGCCCCUCUGCACAAAUCAGGCGAUUGCAGGCAUAUAUUGGGGCAAGCCCAUCCAAUACUGGAGAGUUUCUCGUAGACUGCAGAAGACUGUCGAGCUUGCCUCACAUCAGCUUCACGAUCGGACACCGCGAGUACAGGCUGGCAGCAGAGCAUUACAUCAUAAAGGAGUCUAUUGAUGACCAAACCUUCUGCAUGAGUGGCUUUCAGUCUCUCGACAUCCCCACUCGCACAGGCUCGCUCUGGAUUUUAGGAGAUGUCUUCAUGUCUGCAUUUUACUGUGUUUUUGACCGUGGGAAUGACAGAGUGGGAUUUGCAAAGGCUGUUCACAGAAAGGAUUACUACUGAGCUGUAAUAGCAUUUAUUCUGUCUUAAUGUAAUGAUCUUCAACACAUGUGUGAAGAAGAGCUUUUACUGCAACUCUGGACCUAAAUGCACAUUGUGUUGUUCCUCUCUAAGUUUUAAGGACUUUGCAGUGAUCCUUGUCCCAGACGAUAUAGUUUGGUUAAAUAUCUAUAUAUGUUUACAUCAGUGAAACAAUUUUUCCUGAGUAACUCAUGGACACUACAGCUCUCAGGAUAAAGCAGCAGAGCCAGUCAGCACUCAGAUUUGCAAAAGAUCAGGAAGAAUAAAAAUGCUGAACUGUGCCAGGCUGAAAAGACAGCAGCUGUGUGUGGGGAAAACUAAUCCUAAUUGUGCCUGGUCUGGCUAUCUUUUUUUCUUCUUGUGCACUAGUUUCCACCUAAUUUCCUACAGCUUUCCUUUCCAUCAGUAUUUUCCAUGGUUUGGGUUUUGUUCAACUUUAUUUCCUGAGUGCCAUGGAAAUUCUCUUUAAAUUAGCUUGCUCCAACCAGCUUAUAUAAAAGGGAAUUUGACUGAUGCCUGUGUGGCAUCACCACUAAUUUCAGCUACUGUUCCUUGCACAAUUUCCUGCUCCUUACGCCACCUCUCAGACCUGCUUUUUC